AUCAAUUCCUAACUGUUCCAGGUCUUGUUAAUUUCAAAGGAACCUGCCCUAUGUGACAAGAUGCACUGUUUAAAACAUCAGCUGGAAUUGUUUCCUGACUGCCUGGUUACUCUUACCCUAUUUAAUGAUGUGAAGAAUGCUGCCCUUCUAAGAAAAAAAGCCAUGGAAGGUGCUAUCGAUGGAGCAUUAAUUAAGGCCGAAAUGAUUCUUGAUCCAUUUCAAAUCCUCGUGGCAACCAAUAAAGCUGUUCAUCUUCACAGGACUGGUAAAAUGAAGACGAGAACUCUUAAUGCAGAAAUAAUAUUUAACCUUUCACCUAACAAUAAUAUUUCAGAUGCCUUGAGAACGUUUGGGAUUUCAGACAGUGACUCUGCAGUAAUCAUUGUUCUGGUGGAAGACCAAGAGAAAAGGGUGAAUCUGGAAAAUGUAAUAAGUCAAGUGGAUGGCCAGCAAAUUCCUUUGGCAGAUCUCCCCCAGAUAACAGAUGUAUCAAAAGUCAAAAAGAUAUACAAGCUCACACCACUGGAAGAAAAAACAGGAACACUGCUGGGUGGCGUCAUUUGUAGAAUGGCAACAAAAGAUGUUGCAUGAACAUUAUAAUUGCAUCAAAAUAACUGUGGCCUAUUGCUGAAAUGGUCAUUUAAUUUAAUUGUUUUGCAUUUGCCUAAUUGUUUUGUAUUCAGCUUGUAUACAUAUGGCAGUGAUACAGCGCUGUGGGUUGUAUUUUAUUUUAGUUAGAAGCAGAAGCGGACAGAAAUCAAUUGUAGGAACAUGGAAAUAAUGCUGUUAGGCCUUGUGAUUUUUUUUAAAAAAAUAAAACAUUUCAAUAUC